AAGGAAAUCAACAGGUCCAUUUUCAACCGUGGGGUUCACAGGACUUAGAGGGAGUCAUUUCUAAACUCCCUAACAUAAUUAACGGGGCGUCCAAAUGGAUUAGAACAUGUGAGGAGCUCACAGUGGGAAAGCUAAUUGCAGUGGGGGACCUGAAAGCUCUGUUGGCAAGAGUGUUGGAGUUAUCCAAGAUGGAGUUUGUACUGAGGAAUGGAGGGUUGGAUAUACUGGAUGGAAAGUAUGAUGAGACUACACUUGAUCAUUACAGAGGGGCGAUGUGGGCCACACUCAGGAGGGAGUUCCCGGUCCGCAUGGAUCCUAAAAACAUGAGAGGUCUCUCUAUUGGUGACACAGAGAACCCUGCAUCCUACCUGCAGGCCCAAGUAGACAGAUGGCGUAUGGAGACGGAUGAGGAUCCUGAGAUUCAUCCGGUGUUCUCUGUUUUGUUUAGAAACUCUGUGAUAGAGACACUUCCCAGCCAAAUCAAAGCCAAGCUAGAGGAUGUGGUUGGACUGUUUACAUCAGGAUCUCAUAAAGAUUUUAAUGACCAUUUAGUUCAUGCAGUGGAUGAAUAUCGUCAGAAUAAACAAAGAAUACAGGAACAAAGCAAAGAGGUCCAGAGGAAGCUAUAUCAGCUUCAGCUGGAAGAUCUCACAAGGAAGGAAAGAGAUAAGAGACAGGCAGGUGUUUUAGAACCAGCUGCAGUAAAUUCGCAAGCCGCCCAGAAGGGCGCACUUCAAAACCAAUAUCCACGAUAGGGAUGGGCGAUAUGGCCUAAAAUCCAUAUUGCGAUAUACAUUGCAACCUAUUGCGAUAACGAUAUAUAUCACGAUAUAUACUGUAAAUCAUAAUAGAACCAUUUCAGAACAGUUUACAUAGACUCUAAGGAAAGCCAAACUGCUAAAUGUAUAAAACAAAAGAAGAAAGAAACUUAGUAUGUUGUUUUGAGAACAUUUAUUGUGCACACAUACAAUUUUGAAAUUAACAUGAAAUUAGUGCAAUACAUUUUUUGAAUAAAGAAUACACUUCCAGUAUAAGGCACAUAUAUGUCAACUUAAGAACAUGUUUAGUUUCAAGUAUAAAAGUUUCUUAACAGUAGUGCCAUAGACAGUAAAAAGUGCAAAAACCGUGCAGAACGCACCAAAUGUAGGUAAAAAAAUGAACAGAAAAACUGGUGUCUUCUCAGUUAGAAAAGCAACACAACAACAAAUCUUAGGAAUGGGAACUCACUGAGAUUUUGUGUUUACACCAUUUGUCAGUUGUUACAGGUCUAAAGAUUAUUCGCCAGGAACACAAGCUUGUCCACAGUCUCUGGCUUCAACAGAGACCGAUGGCAUGUAACUAUGUUACCACCAGUGCUAAAUGCCCUUUCAGAAGGAGCACUUGUGGCCGGGAUUAGGGCUGUCGCAAUAAUCGCAAAAAUGAAAUAUCGCGAUAUUUAGAGCACACCGCGGUAGAUAAUGGGCCACCGCGAUCACCGCAUAUGACCUGGUGCGGGUUGCGCGUUCAUGAAACUGACCGUGGAAUUCUAGAAUGAAACGUGCGUUGCCAUGAUACCCAUUCAUUAACGUUCAUUACUCUACUUCAUUUAAGAAUGCUCGAUUCUGAUUGGCUGGGAGGGGUGCAUUAAUCCGGCAUAUUGCCCGCUGACUUGUCGGUUCUACUUGCUGCUGACUGAGCACAACCUUGUGUGGUUGGUUGCUAUAGAAACGCGUUACCUACAGUUGAGCUAACGUUAUUCACCGUAGUUCUAAAGGGAACUACUUUUCGAGGGAGAUGAACUUAAACAGAGCAUACAUUUAAUAAGCAUGCAAUACGAAUAAGAAAAAGGCUAAUUAUUAAAGUAUAUGAAUUGUUUUAUUAUGUUGGCCGGCGCGAAUAAACGGAAUAAUCACCUCAAGGCAGGGCAAUAAACAGUUUGAUAUGCCCGGCUCGCGGAAGGUUACCGCCCGAGACGAUUGCCCGGCCUCUCUGUGAUUAUUCCUUACUUCAUUUAGUUAGUAGUAACCUGCUCCCGCCAAAGCAAACGUCUAAAAAAAAGUGAAUGAAUGAAAGAAUGGCAGCACUCGUAUCAAAAAAAAAUUGUACCUCGUCCCUUUGGGAGCAUUUCGGCUUUCAGCCAAAUGAAAAGGGGGAACCAGCCAAUUUAGAUGUGGCCAUCUGUAAAAUCUGCCGCAAAUCGGUUCAAGUUAAACGUGGAAAUACAACAAAUUUAAGGGCUCACCUAUCAAGCUACCAUCCAUCUAUUGCGGCGCGGAUUGCCACACAGGGUAGCGGAGCAGCUCAUGUCGGUGCUAGCCGACAGCUUGGAGUCGCCGAAGCCUUUUCUCGAGUCGGCAAAUACAGCAGAGACAGUGACAGACAUAAACGCCUAACAGGCGCUGUUACAAGGUAUCUAGUUGAGGAGAUGGUGCCGUUUUCCACUGUACAGAAACCUUCUUUCAAGUCACUGCUCGAGAAAUUUGAUAAGCAAUAUGAGUUGCCAGGAAAAACCUACUUCUCAGAAACUACUGUGCCUAAAAUGUACAAUUCAGUAAGAGCAUCAGUUCAGAGUGAGCUCAGAAGUGUGGACUUUUUCUCUGCCACCACUGACAUGUGGUCAAGUGUGAACAUGACUCCUUACAUGAGUCUUACUGUUCAUUACCUGACCACAGACUGGACUCUAAAAUCACGCUGCCUCGAAACAGUGUUUAUGCCCCUGAAUCACACAUCUGACAACAUCGCAGAGGCUCUACGCAGCGCAUUUGAUGAGUGGUCCCUGGAUGAGAAGAAGCUGGCGUGCGUAACGACAGAUAACGGGGCAAACAUCGUGGCAGCAGUGAAACAAUUGGGCUGGACGUGGCUGAACUGCUUCGGACACAAUCUACACUUGGCAGUGACAAACGCAAUGGCAAGCGUUAAAGAUCGCACAUCGCGAGCAAUGGGCCAGUGCCAUACCUUAGUGGGUGCGUUCUCCCAGAGCUGGCUGAAGAGGAGGGAUCUGGCGAAAGCGCAAGCGGAGCUUCAAACCCCGCAGCACGUACUCAUAAUGGACUGUCCAACAAGAUGGGGCUCCAAACAAAAAAUGGUGGACCGAGUCUUGGAGCAAAUCCCCGCCAUAAAACGAGUUUUGGAUGAUCGGCGGCAUCAGCAUCUCAUCCCCAGCUGGCAGGACAUUGCCGUUUUGGAGUCGGUGAACGCGGCGUUAAAGCCAGCGGCUGAUUUUACGGAUCUGCUGUCUGGCGAGAACUACGUCACGGUCUCAUCAAUUAAACCUGUCCUGAAACUCCUCACGGAAGAUGUCUUAAAACCAUCAGACGAGGACACCACUCUGACCUCAGACAUCAAGCGGAAGAUGUGCAGUGUUCUCGAGGAGAAGUACAGACCAGCUGCUCUACAAGCAACUUUGGCAAAGUCCUGCUUGCUGGACCCAAGAUAUCGGGGCAACAAUUUUGAUGAGUAUGCGGAGGAGGAGACAAAGUGCGCGCUGAUCAAUGAAAUGUUGGACACGGAAGACAGAGAGAGCGGUGCCAGUGCGUCAGCUGCUGACCAGCCAGAGUCCUUGGUGCAGACAGCGGUGCCACCACCCACCAAAAAAAGAACGCUCGGAGACCUGCUGAAGUCACGGACAAGCACGUCUGCAACCGUCCCGAAGAGAGCCAGAGCCGACCUGGAGCUCACUCGCUACCUGCAGGAGGAACCCAUCGACUCUAAUGACAACCCCCUGGCAUGGUGGUGCAACAACCAGGAGAGAUUUCCCUUGCUCUCCAAAGUGGCACGCAAGUACAUGUGUAUUUGCGCAACAAGCACACCAUCCGAGAGGGUUUUCAGUGUCGCUGGAAAUGUUGUCACCCCUCUCAGAUCCUGUCUCAAACCGCAUAAGGUUAACAUGCUGGUUUUCCUUGCUCGUAACAAGGACAUGACCGAGUUAUAAAUCAUCGCGUGUGUGUGUGUGUGUGUGUGUGUGUGUGUGUGUG